ACGUCACAUAAAGCGACUGAAGUUUGCAGCGCGAGUGGGAGAUUCGAAGUGAUCCAGCGGCGGUCGGUUUGGGAUCGGUACUCUGGAGAAAAUUAUGGUCCUUUAAAACUGGAUUUCGAAACACGGCGACGAUAACUUGUGAGAAAAUGGCAACAGCAAGCAAGACCCCACCAGGUGCUGACCCCAAGCAGUUGGAGAGAACAGGAACAGUCCGGGAAAUAGGUUCCCAGGCCGUUUGGUCCUUGUCAUCAUGUAAACCAGGGUUUGGAGUUGAUCAGUUGCGUGAUGACAAUCUGGAAACCUACUGGCAGUCAGACGGCUCUCAGCCUCACCUGGUCAAUAUCCAAUUCAGGAGAAAAACUACGGUAAAGAUGCUAUGUAUAUAUGCAGACUUCAAAUCGGACGAGAGUUACACACCAAGCAAGAUCUCUGUCAGAGUGGGGAAUAACUUUCACAAUCUUCAAGAGAUAAGGCAACUGGAGCUGGUAGAGCCCAGCGGGUGGAUACACGUCCCCCUCCUUGACAUCGUAAACAAUCCCAUUCGAACCUUCAUGAUCCAGAUUGCAGUACUGGCCAACCACCAGAAUGGCAGAGACACUCACAUGAGGCAGAUUAAAGUCUACACACCAGUGGAGGAGAGCUCGAUUGGGAAAUUCCCAAGGUGUACCACAGUGGACUUCAUGAUGUAUCGCACAAUCAGAUGACCGUCAUUGCACAGUAUUUAGUUGUGGUGAAAAUCUAAGAUAUGGUCCUCAGAACACAUUGUUUUGCUUGUUUGUUCUGUGAAUCGAGUUGUCAGCUUAUAAAUUAUUGAGUUGCUUUUUUUUUAUAAGGGUGUAAUGUAUACAUUUUUAAACUGUAAUAAGGGAACAGGCCUUGUAUACUGAAAGUGUCAUGACAGAGCUCUGUCGUUUCUUAUGUAUUUCAAUGCAAACUCUCAAUACAAUUUUUUUAAAAGUUCCUGUUAUUUUCAAUGUUAAAUUUUUUUUUUAACCAAUACUAAAACA